UACUGGAUGGAGAGAGGAGCUCAGGGGAAACAGCGCGAGGGCGAGGCACCAAUGAGCUAAAAAAAGAAAAAAGAGGAUGGUUGCGCCAAGUGAGCUCGGCCGCCAUCAUGCUCUAGUUUCCCCUUCGCCUCUCCGCGUCCGCGACCAAGGAAGCGGCCUCUGGGAUGCUGAGGGGGUGUGUCCCCGAAUGAUUGGCGCAGGCAGCUCAGCCAAUCCUAGCUCGUCAAACGGGAAGCACUUGACCAAUGAGGGGCGACGGCAGCGGCGAGGAAUUGGAGGGGCGGAACCGCAGCUUGAUGGGCACAAAAGUCAGCCAGGUUUGGGAUUUUUGCACUGAAUGUAGUCUAGCCUCAUCUUCACGGGUUCGUGUUGCCCCAGGAUACUGUCAAAGGCAGUAUUUGUGUGUUUCUGCAGAGUUUUGCACAGAGUCUGUUCCCAUGCAAACCAAUGAGGGAGAAGUGUCGGAAGAAAGCAGUUCCAAGGUGGAACAGGAGGAUUUUGUAAUGGAAGGGCAUGGCAAGACUCCACCUCCUGGUGAAGAAAGCAAACAAGAGAAGGAGCAAGAAAGGGAAGAACAGUUAAUGGAAGACAAGAAAAGGAAGAAAGAGGAUAAAAAGAAAAAAGAAGCCACUCAGAAGGUCACGGAACAAAAAACCAAAGUGCCCGAAGUGACGAAACCAAGUUUAAGCCAACCAACGGCCGCCAGCCCAAUUGGCAGCUCUCCAUCGCCACCAGUCAAUGGUGGCAACAAUGCCAAAAGGGUGGCAGUGCCGAACGGACAACCGCCAAGCGCCGCCCGCUACAUGCCUCGGGAGGUGCCGCCGCGAUUCCGUUGCCAGCAGGACCACAAAGUGUUACUAAAACGUGGGCAGCCCCCUCCACCGUCCUGCAUGCUCCUCGGGGGUGGGGCAGGGCCUCCUCCCUCCACCGCGCCUGGAGCAAACUCAAACAACGCACAAGUGACAGGAACGCUGCUGCAGGGUGACGGUGGGACCGCGCCAGAGUCAACCCUUGGAGGUGCUGCUGCUUCAAAUUAUGCAAAUUCCACUUGGGGCCCGGGAGCCUCCUCCAACAACGGCGCCUCCCCCAACCCCAUUCACAUCCGGGACAAGGUGAUUGUAGACGGGUCUGACAUGGAAGAGUGGCCUUGUAUUGCCAGCAAAGACACUGAGUCUUCUUCCGAAAACACCACCGAUAACAACAGUGCCUCGAACCCUGGCUCUGAGAAGAGCACUCUGCCAGGAAGCACCACUAGUAACAAAGGAAAAGGGAGCCAGUGCCAGUCUGCAAGUUCUGCGAACGAAUGUAAUCUUGGGGUCUGGAAAUCUGACCCUAAGACUAAAUCUGUUCAAUCUUCCAACUCUACUACAGAGGGCAACAAUGGACUAGGAAAUUGGAGGAAUGUGAGUGGUCAGGAUAGAGUCGGACCUGGCUCUGGCUUCAGCAACUUUAACCCAAAUAGCAACCCAUCUGCCUGGCCAGCGCUGGUCCAAGAAGGAAAUUCUAGGAAAGGGGCAUUGGAAGCGGAUACGAGUAAUUCCAGUGCACAGGUUAGCACAGUAGGUCAGGCGUCCAGGGAACAGCAGUCAAAGAUGGAAAAUGCGGGUGUUAAUUUUGUUGUCUCUGGCAGAGAACAGGCUCAAAUUCAUAACACUGAUGGACCAAAAAAUGGAAACACUAACUCCUUGAACUUAAGUUCACCAAACCCCAUGGAGAAUAAGGGAAUGCCCUUUGGAAUGGGCUUGGGGAACGCCUCCAGGAGCACUGAUGCCCCUUCACAAAGCACUGGAGAUCGAAAGACUGGGAGUGUUGGAUCUUGGGGUGCAGCUAGGGGGCCUUCUGGAACUGACACAGCCUCUGGACAAAGCAAUUCUGGAAACAAUGGGAACAAUGGAAAGGAUAGAGAGGACUCCUGGAAAGGAGCUUCUGUUCAGAAAUCAUCUGGGUCAAAAAAUGACUCUUGGGACAACAAUAAUAGGUCUACGGGUGGGUCCUGGAACUUUGGCCCUCAGGACUCUAACGACAACAAAUGGGGUGAAGGGAACAAAAUGACAUCUGGGGUCUCUCAGGGAGAAUGGAAACAGCCGACUGGGUCUGAUGAGUUGAAAAUUGGAGAAUGGAGUGGUCCAAACCAACCAAAUUCUAGCACUGGAGCAUGGGACAAUCAGAAGGGCCACCCCCUCCCUGAAAACCAAGGCAAUGCCCAGGCUCCCUGUUGGGGAAGAUCUUCCAGCUCCACAGGAAGUGAAGUUGGAGGUCAAAGCACUGGAAGCAACCACAAAGCAGGAAGUAGUGACAGUCAUAAUUCUGGCCGUCGGUCAUACCGGCCCACACAUCCUGAUUGUCAGGCUGUCUUACAGACUCUUUUGAGCCGAACUGAUUUGGACCCCAGGGUGCUCUCAAACACUGGCUGGGGCCAAACUCAAAUUAAGCAGGACACAGUGUGGGAUAUUGAAGAGGUGCCAAGGCCUGAGGGGAAGUCUGACAAAGGAACUGAGGGGUGGGAGAGCGCUGCCACACAGACCAAGAACUCAGGGGGCUGGGGAGACGCACCCAGCCAAAGCAAUCAAAUGAAGUCUGGAUGGGGGGAGCUCUCAGCCUCUACAGAGUGGAAAGACCCCAAGAACACAGGAGGCUGGAAUGACUACAAGAACAGCAACUCUUCCAACUGGGGAGGCGGACGACCGGAUGACAAGACCUCUUCCUCUUGGAACGAGAACUCCAGCAAGGAUCAGGGGUGGGGAGGGGGGCGCCAGCCCAAUCAAGGAUGGACUUCCGGGAAGAAUGGUUGGGGAGAGGAAGUUGAUCAAGCGAAAAACAGCAGUUGGGAAAGUUCGGCAAGUAAACCUGGGUCUGGGUGGGGUGAAGGAGGGCAGAACGAAAUCGGAACUUGGGGGAACAGUGGGAGUGCAAGCCUAGCUUCCAAAGGCGGGUGGGAAGAAUGCAAAAGGUCUCCAGCUUGGACUGAGACUGGCAGACAGCCCAGUUCCUGGAAUAAACAGCACCAACAGCAGCAGCAGCCACAGCAGCCACCGCCACCACAACCAGAAGCUUCCGGUUCAUGGGGAGGCCCACCCCCACCACCUCCAGGCAAUGGACGACCUUCUAGUUCCAACUGGAGCAGUGGGCCACAGCCAGUAACCCCUAAGGAUGAGGAACCCAGUGGUUGGGAAGAGCCAUCCCCACAGUCAAUUAGUCGGAAAAUGGACAUCGAUGAUGGCACUUCGGCAUGGGGAGACCCUAACAGUUAUAACUACAAGAAUGUGAAUCUGUGGGAUAAGAAUUCCCAAGGGGGCCCAGCACCUCGAGAACCAAACCUGCCUACCCCGAUGACCAGUAAAUCAGCAUCAGUCUGGAGCAAAAGCACACCACCUGCUCCAGAUAAUGGUACUUCAGCUUGGGGUGAGCCAAACGAAAGCAGUCCUGGGUGGGGUGAAAUGGAUGACACGGGAGCAUCGACCACAGGCUGGGGGAACACACCCUCCAACGCUCCAAAUGCCAUGAAACCUAAUUCCAAAUCUAUGCAAGACGGCUGGGGGGAGAGUGACGGUCCAGUGACGGGAACUCGCCAUCCCAGCUGGGAAGAGGAGGACGAUGGAGGAGUCUGGAACACCGCCGGCUCUCAGGGAAGUGCUUCCUCCCACAACUCAGCAAGCUGGGGACAAGGAGGAAAGAAGCAAAUGAAGUGCUCACUGAAAGGAGGAAACAAUGAUUCAUGGAUGAAUCCUCUUGCCAAACAGUUUUCAAAUAUGGGAUUGCUGAGUCAAACUGAAGAUAAUCCAGGCAGCAAAAUGGAUUUGUCUGUAGGGAGCCUUCCAGAUAAGAAAUUUGACGUGGACAAACGAGCGAUGAAUCUCGGGGAUUUUAAUGAUAUCAUGAGGAAGGAUCGAUCUGGGUUCCGUCCACCUAAUUCCAAAGACAUGGGAACCACAGAUAGUGGGCCUUAUUUCGAGAAGCUGACUUUGCCUUUCUCCAAUCAAGAUGGGUGCCUUGGGGAUGAGGCUCCCUGCUCUCCCUUCUCCCCUUCUCCCAGCUACAAGCUGUCUCCCUCUGGUUCCACACUACCCAACGUCAGCCUUGGAGCAAUCGGCACAGGGCUCAACCCCCAAAACUUCGCUGCUAGACAAGGUGGCAAUCAUGGUUUGUUUGGAAAUAGCACAGCACAAUCGAGAGGUAUGCACACACCGGUGCAGCCACUAAGUUCUUCUCCUAAUCUCCGGGCGCAAGUGCCUCCCCAGUUUAUUUCCCCCCAGGUUUCUGCCUCAAUGCUCAAGCAGUUUCCCAACAGUGGCCUGAACCCAGGUCUUUUCAAUGUGGGGCCCCAGUUGUCUCCUCAACAAAUUGCCAUGCUGAGCCAGCUUCCACAGAUUCCCCAAUUUCAGUUGGCAUGUCAGCUUCUCCUGCAGCAGCAGCAGCAGCAGCAGUUGCUACAGAACCAGAGGAAGCUUUCUCAAGCUGUGCGCCAGCAGCAAGAGCAGCAGCUGGCUCGGAUGGUGAGUGCGCUCCAGCAGCAGCAGCAGCAGCAGCAGCAGCAGAGACAGCCUGGCAUGAAGCACUCGCCCUCUCAUCCUGUUGGGCCCAAGCCACAUCUGGACAACAUGGUACCCAACGCUCUGAAUGUGGGGCUCCCAGACCUUCAAACCAAAGGGCCAAUACCUGGAUAUGGUUCUGGCUUCAGCUCUGGCGGCAUGGACUAUGGCAUGGUUGGUGGGAAGGAGGCUGGAACAGAGUCUCGCUUUAAACAGUGGACCUCCAUGAUGGAGGGACUGCCCUCUGUAGCCACACAGGAAGCCAAUAUGCACAAAAAUGGCGCUAUCGUGGCCCCUGGUAAGACUCGAGGAGGGUCACCAUACAACCAGUUUGAUAUCAUCCCGAGUGACACACUGGGUGGCCAUACGGGUCCUGCUGGUGAUAGCUGGUUACCUGCCAAAUCUCCACCAACAAAUAAAAUCGGAAGUAAAUCCAGCAAUGCCAGUUGGCCUCCAGAAUUCCAACCAGGAGUGCCGUGGAAAGGUAUCCAAAACAUUGACCCUGAAUCUGACCCCUAUGUCACCCCAGGAAGUGUGCUGGGGGGUACAGCCACAUCUCCCAUUGUAGAUACUGACCACCAACUUCUGCGGGAUAACACCACAGGGUCUAAUUCUUCCCUCAACACCUCGCUGCCUUCACCUGGUGCCUGGCCCUACAGUGCCUCUGACAACUCCUUUACCAACGUUCAUAGCACUUCAGCAAAGUUCCCUGAUUAUAAAUCAACAUGGUCCCCAGAUCCCAUAGGACACAACCCCACUCAUCUCUCCAACAAGAUGUGGAAAAACCAUAUUUCCUCAAGGAACACUACACCGCUGCCCCGCCCACCUCCCGGUCUGACCAACCCCAAACCGUCAUCUCCCUGGAGCAGCACAGCACCCCGAUCAGUCAGGGGGUGGGGGACACAGGACUCGCGGCUUGCCUCGGCCUCUACCUGGAGUGAUGGUGGUUCAGUCCGUCCCAGUUACUGGCUGGUUCUUCACAAUCUCACUCCACAGAUCGAUGGGUCAACGUUGAGAACCAUCUGCAUGCAGCAUGGCCCACUGCUGACAUUCCAUCUGAACCUAACCCAGGGCACUGCCCUGAUUCGAUACAGCACCAAACAGGAGGCGGCCAAGGCCCAGACCGCACUGCACAUGUGUGUGUUGGGAAACACUACCAUCCUGGCUGAGUUUGCCACCGAUGACGAAGUUAGCCGCUUUCUGGCACAAGCUCAACCCCCUACACCUGCAGCAACCCCAAGUGCACCCGCCACAGGUUGGCAGUCGCUGGAGACCGGCCAGACCCAGUCAGAUCCCGUCGGACCGGCUCUGAAUCUUUUCGGUGGGUCCACGGGGCUCGGGCAGUGGAGCAGCAGUGCUGGCGGCAGCAGCGGGGCCGAUCUUGCUGGCGCUUCGUUGUGGGGGCCCCCAAACUAUUCUUCUAGCUUGUGGGGAGUCCCAGCUGUGGAAGAUCCCCAUAGGAUGGGCAGCCCUGCUCCCUUACUACCUGGUGACCUUCUGGGAGGAGGGUCGGAUUCAAUCUGAACUUAGAACUUUCAACUCUGACCUCGUGACCUUUUUUGGAACAGCAGCAGCACUAACUUGACCUUUUCGUUUUUUUUUUCAACUUGCAAUAAAUACAUUUUUAAAAGGAAAAAAGAAAACGGAGAGAGAAAAAAAAGGUGGGUCAUUGACAGACUGUCUGAGCACAUAGUUGCCUCCCUUAUAACUUCAGUUUUUUCGUUUGGAAUAUGAAUCCAAAAAGAGAACAUAUCACUCUUGAAAUACUUGAAUCAUGAACGCCAACCUAGAAAGACAAUGUGAAGCAAGUACACAUACCAUUUAAAUUUAAACACAAAAAAAAAAUUAAAAAAAUUAGUUUCUAGUUUUUCACUUUUUUCAUGUUAUAUGGAAGUUGUUGCUAAGAAACAUAUAUACUGAAAAAAAAUAGCUUUUUAACUUUGUUUGCACUGGGUGUGUUUCCGUCCUUAGGUCUACCACGUUUGGGAGGGAGGGGAAUUCAAAAGAAUUGUUGGGGUGGGGGGGGGGAGACUUGACGGAGCCUCACUUUAAAAACAAAAACACAAAAAACCUAAAAAAAAAAAAAAAGGAAAAAAUUUGUGAUUGGCUGGUUGAUAAAUACCAGUGUGUUCUGGCACAUGUAACUGCCCAGGCAUGCUCGUUCUGGUAUGUGUGUGCACGUGUGUUCAUGUGCAUCCGCGUGCAUCCUUCUCUCUGUCUCUGUGUGUGUGUGUGUGUGUGUGUGUACACCCGUGUCCUCUUCCUCCUCCCCCACUCGAUCUCAGAAAGCUGCGUUGCUGACAGUCUGCAGGCUGGCUGGCCGGCCAACUGCUUUUUAUUUUAUUUUCUGUUUUGUAAACUAAGAGAACACACAAGCGCAGGGAGCCACUGCUUACUAAAGCAACUCCGUUGGGCUGCAUUAAGAUGAACAGAGUGCUUUUUAAUGAUUUCAUAAGCGGGGAGCUCCUUUCCAUUUGCAAAUUAGCCCGAGUGAGUUUUCUCUUGCUUUUCUUUUGACCUAGCAGUAGAGCGGAGCACUGCCAAGUCCAAAAAAGUAGGAGAGCAGGAGGCACCUGGUGGAGCAACCGUGUGUUUACUGAUUUCUGGGUUUUUUUUAAAGUUCAUGGCCACCGGGCACAUGGAAUACCCACUAAGUUUAAUCCAGGCCUUUUCUUUCAUCAGUCUGACUGGGAACAGGCGAUUUUUCACGUACAGCACGUCUCAAAGGCAGAAAAAGAACGCUCCCCCUCUCGUGUCCUCAGGUAGGAGGAAUUGAGCAGACGUGAGGUAGUGCCGAAUUAAGGUUUCCAUUGGUUCUCUUUUUCGUUUUGUGAAAACGGACACAAAUCGGUUGCGAGCAGCCUCCUGAGAGCCCCUGCAGCUUCUCCCUCUCUCUGCUCCUCUCUCGCCGAGCGUUACCUGUGCCAGGCCGCGGCGUCUUACAGCACGAGGCCAUCACUGACAGAAACGUUUACUUAACGAAUGUCCUUAAACCAGUGUGGACUUCAAGCGUCUGCUUUCGUUCCUCUGUGUUGUGUGUUUCCUGUGUAUGUGGUUUUCGCUUAGGCAGGUAUAACUUAGCAAAGACUUUUUAAGUAUUGCACCUUUUUUUGGUUUUGACCUCUAUUUUUUUUUCCUUGUAAUGUUGCUUUUUUAAUUUCAGUAUUUAAAGACUUUUUUUUUUAAAGCAUCAAUGUAGUAGUACUCUGGGCUGACUAGGGGGCAACUUUUAAUCCACAGUUACCACCAACAUGUAUGUACUUAGUUGGAAUCAACAUGUAUCAGACUGCAUUUUGUGAAGAGUUCUAGCAGACCCGAAAACCCCUUUAUACGAAGCGGAUGGCUGGC